GUGAAAAUGGCCACUCAAGAAAACAAGCAGCUGGCCCAGAAGGAAAAAGAAUUGGGCAAUGCCGCGUACAAAAAGAAGGAAUUCGAAACCGCACUUGUGCACUACCGUGCGGCUUUGACGCAUGAUCCGACGGACAUAACAUUCCACAACAAUAUUGCGGCAGUAUACUUCGAACAGAAGGAGUUCAAAAAAUGUAUCGAAGAGUGUGAAAAGGCUGUUGAGGUAGGUCGUGAAAACCGGGCGGACUAUAAGCUAAUUGCGAAAGCGUUUACUCGCAUCGGCAAUGCGUACCGCAAGCUGGAAGACUACAAAUCCGCCAAAACCUACUUCGAGAAAUCGCUCUCGGAACACCGAACGCCCGAGGUAAAGUCGUUGCUUAGCGACACCGAGAAGAAGAUCAAGGAGAUGGAGCGACUAGCGUACAUCGAUCCGGCCAAGGCCGAGGAAGAGAAGGAGAAGGGCAACGAGUAUUUCAAGCAAGGCAACUACAGCACAGCCGUGAAACACUACUCCGAAGCGAUCAAGCGCAAUCCGGACGAUGCAAAGCUGUACAGUAACCGGGCCGCCUGCUACACCAAGCUGGCCGCAUUCGAUCUAGGGCUGAAGGAUUGUGAAACGUGCUGCAGGCUGGACGAAACGUUCAUCAAAGGAUGGGUGCGCAAGGGCAAGAUUCUGCAGGGAAUGCAAAAAUCGUCCGAAGCACUCACUGCCUACCAAAAAGCCUUAGAGAUCGAUCCGAACAAUGCGGAAGCGCUGGAAGGGUACCGAGCGUGCACGAUGGCGGUACAUGCCGAUCCGAAGGAAGUAUGGAAGAAGGCGAUGCACGAUCCGGAAGUGCAACAGAUACUGAAAGAUCCGGCGAUGCGUGUCAUUCUAGAGCAAAUGCAUAGCGAUACAAAGGCGGUACAAGAGCAUCUCAAAAAUCCUCAAGUAGCUUCCAAAAUCCAGAAACUACUCGAGUCCGGAAUCAUUCAACUCCACUGAACAUGCUUCUCGAAUAUAUAAAG